UUCCUGACGCGUGUCCCGCCCUCCUAAGCUGGGCACCCUUUCUGUUCAGCUGGGAGCGCACGUCGGGAGUCUAGCCAUGUCGGCCGAGAGGGAGGCAGCCGAGGCAGCCACUGCGGCGGCGGCGGCCGAGGCCGGGACCGGGGCCGAGGCCGGGGUCGGGACCGGGGCCGGGGAGGAUGCGUCUUCGCAGCCCCCGACAGCCGAGGUGGCGAGCGACCCGCAGCCGCCCCCGGCCCCCGAAGCGUCGGCCUCCGCCUCGGCCCCGCCGCUUCGCUGCUUGGUACUCACCGGUUUCGGUGGCUACGACAAGGUGAAGCUGCAGAGCCGGCCGGCCGCGCCCCCGGCCCCGGGUCCCGGUCAGCUGACGCUGCGCGUGCGAGCCUGUGGGCUCAACUUCGCCGACCUUAUGGCCCGCCAGGGGCUGUACGACCGGCUGCCGCCGCUGCCGGUCACCCCCGGCAUGGAGGGCGCUGGCGUAGUGGUGGCCGUGGGCGAGGGUGUCGGCGACCGUAAGGCAGGGGACCGGGUGAUGGUGUUGAACCGGUCAGGGAUGUGGCAGGAGGAGGUAACUGUGCCAUCAGCCCAGACUUUCCUGAUGCCUGAGGCCAUGACCUUUGAGGAAGCUGCUGCUUUGCUGGUCAAUUAUAUCACCGCCUACAUGGUUCUCUUUGACUUCGGCAACCUAAGGCCUGGCCACAGCGUCUUGGUACACAUGGCUGCAGGUGGUGUGGGCAUGGCAGCCCUACAGCUGUGCCGCACCGUGGAGAAUGUGACAGUGUUUGGAACAGCCUCAGCCAGCAAGCAUGAGGUGCUGAAGGAGAAUGGUGUCACACAUGCCAUUGACUACCACACGACAGACUAUGUGGACGAGAUCAAGAAGAUCUCCCCCAAAGGCGUGGACAUCGUCAUGGACCCCCUGGGUGGCUCAGAUACUGCCAAGGGCUACCACCUCCUCAAACCCAUGGGCAAAGUUGUCACUUAUGGAAUGGCCAACCUGCUGACUGGCCCCAAGAGGAACCUGAUGGCCAUGGCCCGCACUUGGUGGAAUCAGUUCAGCGUGACAGCCCUGCAGCUGCUGCAGGCCAACCGAGCUGUGUGUGGCUUCCACCUGGGCUACCUGGAGAGUGAGGUGGGGCUCAUCAGUCAGGUGGUUACCCGCCUCCUGGCUCUGUACAAUCAGGGUCACAUCAAACCCCGGAUUGACUCUGUCUGGCCCUUCGAGAAGGUGGCUGAUGCCAUGAAGCAGAUGCAGGAAAAGAAAAAUGUGGGCAAGGUCCUCCUGGUUCCUGGACCCGAGAAGGAGGCCUAGGACGAAGGGCUAAGGGCCCCCAAGAGCCGGGAAGGGACAAGAUGGGAAGCCCUGUUGUGUUGCCCACCAGCCUCUCACAUUUCAUCCUCUGUCAUGAUGCUCUGCCCUCCCUCUCUCCAAAGGUCUCUGCUGAUGACCGCUUCCCCGAUCAGAGCUUGCUCUUCACUCAGCCCCUGCCCCCCUUUCCUGCCCUCAGAAGAGGUUGGGAAGUGACCACUUGGAUGUCUGGGUCCUGCCAAAGGGACAGGGAGGGUCAGCAGGAGGCUACUUCCUGCCCCCUACCCUCUCCCUGGGCCUGCCAUGCUGCUUUUGUGCCAAGGUUAGCCAGUCCUUCCCUGUCCUGUCCUGACCUGACCUUCCCUCCUGCCCCACCGCCUCCCCAAAGAUUCUAAAUGUCAGCUCAGGGUGUGGGGCUAAUCUGUGUGAGUCCAGCUUGUACCUGUGUCUCCGUAGUGUCCACACAAUAUGCAACCCAGGCCGAUGAGUGCCCAGCCCUGGACUUGAUCAGCACCCAACCUUGUCUCUUGCCCCAAAUUUCUUAAGCACAAUUGGAUUUCUUACACCUCCAGUUUGCUGCCUUUAGGCAAGGCUCCCUCCUGCAACAAGGGUGGGGAUCCUGCCAGCUCCCUAGCUCACAGUUCUGGGAUGGGUACUGGGCUCCCCUCCCCUUCACUGAGGUCUCUGGAUUUGUCUCAGUGCCUUAGCAUAGGAAAACCUGUACUUGGGGGGGGCAGGGGUGGCGAACCCGUCUCCAGCUCCUUUCCACUCUCUCCUCCCCAGUGCCUUCCCUGUCCUGGUGGGGCUGAGGCCUUUCUCCUCCCCAGUCCUAUAACACUGCCAAAAAAAUCUGUGUGCCAGGGGUGGGAAGGGCAGCUCCAGCCUCUGGAGAUCAGUUGCUUUUACUGUGAUCUGUGCCCUGUCCUGUCCCUAUUGGUGGUGAGGAAAGAGGCGGGAAGCUAGGCCAGGCAGAGUUCUGAGAGAUACUACUGGGUCUUAUUCUAGGACCAAAGUGAGUAUCUGAGUACAGAGCACAUUCCCCUUGCUGCCUUCCCAGGGCCUAGAGGCAGUUGGCUUGGAGGCUCCGCCCCAAACUUUGUUUACACUGGUGGGGGAGGAGGAGCUUGGGCAGGGGGCUAAUGGAGUGGUUAUAAGGACCUGGGCUACUGGAGCCAAAGUGGGGACCUUUGAGGCUGGGUAUGAGUAACCCCUUCUGCUUCUGAGUUUGGGUUAGGGAAAGCGGUUACCCAGCCAUUGUCAGUGGGAGGUAGGGGGAGGGGCCCAGCCACUCUGUUGUCUAAAUGAGGCCUCUGUGUAGGAAGUGCAUCUCUGCGUUUGUGUCCCCUACCCCAUUACCACAGCUGCCUUUGUGUUUGUGUCAAUAAAAAGCCAAACCCUGA